GUUGUAGUUAUUAUAGACUAUGUAUUGAAUACAACAUUGAAAUGCAUUCAAACAUUCAAACAGUGCUUUCAUUGCUUGAAAAACACAGCAAAACAUUGCAAACGACUAAACAUUUUUCUGACGCCAUUUAACAUCAAUUGAGGUCAAACUCAACGGUCAUUCAAAUUGUCAUUACGGAUUUCAAUCUCAAGAGUCCAUCAAUUGAUAGCAAAUAACUCAUAUAUUAUUAAUAAUUUUUUUUGUCAAUAGUUUUAAUAAUAAAGUAAUUGAAAAAACAAAACAAAAAUGUUAUAUUUGGAGGAUUACUUGGAAAUGAUUGAACAUUUGCCACAAGAACUGAGAGAUCGCUUUACAGAAAUGCGUGAAAUGGAUCUUCAAGUUCAUAACGCGAUGGACAAUCUCGAAGAUCAGACCAAACAGUUCUUCAGUAAUGCAAAGCACAUGAAAGUGGAACAGAGAGACAUUGAAUACGACAGAAUCAAACAGGAUUACUACAAAUCGUUAGAAGACGCCGAGGAAAAGGUCAAACUGGCGAAUGAGAUCUACAGUAUGGUUGAUAAAUAUCUUAAACGAUUAGAUCAAGAAUUACAAAAAUUUAAGAUUGAAUUAGAGGCCGACAACUCUGGAAUCACUGAAAUACUUGAGAGGAGAUCUCUAGAGUUGGAUAACCCGCCGCCCGUUACUGUAAAUCACGUACGAGAGAAACGAAAGUAUACUCACCAUAAUAGCAAUAAUGUCGGUUCCAAUGCAUAUUCCACACCAUUUACGGACAAACAUCAUAUGAGUUCAUCUGAAAAAGUUCUCUCAACCAUUGCUCAAGAAAUAUAUAAGGGGACAGUUGCCACACCUAAUACACUAUCUGGUGCUUCGGGUAUAAUCACCAGUUCCAACAUAACAAACAACAAACUCAAUUCUAAUGCAUUUACACCGUUACUAUCAGUUGUCGGCAAUAAUAGUUACGUUAACGGCGGCACAAACUCGGCUAUAAACUCACAAUUUUUAGCGAACCCUUCUUUCUCUGAAAAGGGCAAUCCAUCCAAUAGAUCUCUACCUCACGGGUCAAUUAAUUACGGUAACACUGCCAUAGCUGCAGCUGCUUCUCAGGCUAUCGCAGCUACGCAACAGAUGCAACAGGGUAGACGUACGGCCAGCUUAAAGGCCAGUUACGAAGCGGUCAAUUCGGGCCAAAUGUUCAAUAGUUUUAAUUCAAUGCGUGAUAAUAGCUCUCCAAAUGACUCGUUUGGCGGCUCAGACCUACUCAAUCCCAACUCUACCUAUAAAUAUGAUUCAUUAACCAAUAAGUCUAACCGACCCAAUAAACGAAGCAGAACUAGUCAAUACGCUACGGAUAUUUCAAUCAAUACUAAUCUCUUUGAAACAGAUUCUGAACCAGUAAUGGAUAGCAAUAACGGUGCUCCCGAUUGGCCGUAUGACCCGAAUGAGCCCCGAUAUUGUGUUUGCAAUCAAGUGUCAUAUGGAGAUAUGGUUGCCUGUGAUAAUGAAGAUUGCGAAAAGGAAUGGUUUCAUUACGGAUGUGUCGAUAUAACACAACCGCCUAAAGGCAAGUGGUAUUGUCCCGAAUGUACGGACAAACUUAAACUCAAAAAGAAUCGCAAAGAGAGACGGGAUAACUGAUUACUAAAAAUAGGGUUUCAACUAAUUUACAAUAAUUAUUAUACAAUUGAUUUAUAGAACUA